AUGGGGUGCGGAAUGAGUACUGAGGAUAAGGAGGGGAAGGCCAGAAAUGAAGAGAUUGAGAACCAGCUCAAACGGGAUAAACUGUUGCAGAGGAAUGAGAUCAAAAUGCUUCUGCUUGGUGCUGGCGAGUCGGGUAAAUCUACCAUUUUGAAGCAAAUGAAGCUCAUUCACGAGGGUUCCUAUUCGCGGGAUGAGAGGGAGUCUUUCAAGGAGAUCAUUUUCAGCAAUACCGUCCAGUCCAUGCGUGUAAUUCUUGAAGCUAUGGAAGGGCUUGAUAUUCCCUUGGACGACCAGCGUGCCGAAUACCAUGUUCAGACGAUUUUCAUGCAACCAGCUCAGAUCGAAGGUGACAGCUUGCCCGCUGAUGUCGGGGGCGCCAUUGAAGCUUUAUGGAACGAUGCUGGUGUACAAGAAUGUUUCCGAAGAUCCCGCGAGUAUCAGUUGAAUGAUUCCGCACUAUACUACUUUGACUCUAUCAAACGUAUUGCCGCGUCCGAUUAUUUGCCCAGCGACCAGGAUGUCCUCCGCUCCCGUGUCAAGACCACCGGUAUCACAGAGACAACUUUCAUCAUUGGCGACCUCACGUACCGUAUGUUCGACGUUGGUGGUCAGCGCUCUGAGCGGAAGAAAUGGAUCCACUGUUUCGAAAAUGUCACCACCAUUCUUUUCCUUGUAGCCAUCUCAGAGUAUGACCAGCUUCUGUUCGAAGACGAAACCGUCAACCGUAUGCAAGAAGCUCUCACACUUUUUGAUUCUAUUUGCAACUCGAGAUGGUUUACCAAGACCUCGAUCAUCCUCUUCCUGAACAAGAUUGAUCGGUUCAAGGAGAAAUUACCUGUCAGCCCAAUGAAGAACUACUUCCCUGACUAUGAAGGUGGUCCCGAAUACACCGCCGCUUGCGACUACAUUCUCAAUCGCUUCGUAUCGCUUAAUCAGGCUGAAACUAAACAAAUCUAUACCCACUUCACUUGCGCCACGGAUACAUCGCAAAUCCGAUUCGUCAUGAUGGCCGUUAACGAUAUAAUCAUCCAAGACAACCUUCGCCUCUGUGGAUUGAUAUAA